AUGAUUAAUUUAACCAAACCCAUCAAGAAAUUAUUUGAAGGGUAUGAUCUAUCAAUGGAUGUACAUGGUCAAUUCAUAUGCAAUCAAUGUACUGUUUUUAAUACGGCAGAAAGAGAUGAUUGGUUGAAGCAUGUACGAAAAUAUCAUUACUCAGCAUUCGUCCGUUUAGUCCGGGAGAGAGAAGGUUGUCCAACGGCUCUUAAUGAUCAACCACUUGCCAAUAUAUCAGACAAUGAAGAUGAUGAUGAUGAUGAUGAUGAAACGGCUAAUAUUGGUACACCACGUUUUGAAUUUGAUGCUUUAACAGCUAGCACAGAUUCACAUCGUCUUCCUUCUCAACGACGAUUUCAACCAAGUCGUCCAGCAUCGGGUGCAAUUCCACGUGAUUUUAUUCCUCAACGUCAGUUUCAACCAAAUUGUCCACCACCUAAUAUAAAUCAAUAUUGUUUUAUUCCUCAACAACAAUUUCAACCAAAUCAUGCGACAACAGGUACAAUUCCACGUGAUUUUAUUUCUCAACAAUUGGAACAAAAUCAUCAUGCAACAGCAAGCACAUAUCCAGGUGAUUUUAUUUCUCAACAACAAUUGCAGUUUGGUAAUACAACAGCUGAUCCACUUCAACAAUCUCAAGUUCGUGAUAAGACUAUCAAGAAAGUUGGGAAAUGUUUUCUCCCUGCGUUUAUGAGACUUUCUGAAUAA